UGUGCAGGUUCUCUCUCGGUCAGAGCGACGUCAGCGGCAGCCAAGAUGGCGAUGUCCAUAGAGUGGAAGCACUUGUGUGCUGUGUUCAUUUUGCCAUUAUGUAGCCUGGUGGCGGGUGAUGGCCAGCAGAGUGUCCCGCACCGUAGGUUCGAGUAUAAAUACAGCUUUAAGGGACCCUACCUGGUGCAGAGUGACGGCACGGUCCCCUUCUGGACUCACACUGGCAAUGCCAUUCCUGGUGCUGAUCAAAUUAGGAUAACACCGUCCUUAAAAAGCCAGAAAGGAGCCGUUUGGACAAAAACUGCACCAAGCUUUGAGAACUGGGAAGUGGAAGUAACAUUCCGAGUGACAGGACGGGGUAGAAUAGGAGCUGAUGGAUUGGCCAUUUGGUACACGACAAACCAAGGGUUGGAUGGAAAUGUAUAUGGAGCUGCAGAUUCCUGGAAUGGCCUGGGUGUUUUCUUUGAUUCCUUUGACAACGAUGGAAAGAAAAACAAUCCUACAAUCUUGAUUGUGGGCAACAAUGGCAAACUUCUUUAUGAUCAUCAAAAUGAUGGCGCCUCGCAAGCACUUUCAUAUUGUCAGAGAGAUUUCCGUAACAAGCCAUACCCAGUCCGAGCAAAGAUUACAUACUAUCAAAAGACCUUAACAAUCAUGAUAAACAAUGGAUUCACACCAGACAAAGAUGACUAUGAGUUUUGUGCCAAAGUAGACAACAUGGUUCUUCCACCUCAAGGUUUUUUUGGCAUUUCUGCUGCAACUGGAGGCCUGGCAGAUGAUCAUGAUGUGUUAUCUUUUUUGACUUUUCAAUUGACUGAACCUGGAAAAGAAGUGCCCCCACAAGGCGGAGAGAUCCCAAGAGAAGAACAAGAUAAGUACCAAGAAGAGUUUGACAACUUUCAACAAGAGCUGGAUAAGAGGAAAGAGGAUUUCCAAAAAGACCACCCAGAGGCACAGGAACACCCAGUGGACGAUAUGUUUGAGUCUGUAAAUGACCGUGAACUAAGACAGAUUUUUGAAGGCCAGAACCGCAUCCACCUUGAAAUCAAGCAGCUGAACCGACAGUUGAAUAUGAUUUUGGACGAGCAGCGAAGAUAUGUUAGUGCCGUGACUGAUGACAUUGCCAAGAGAGGAGGAAGUGGCCCUGGGCAACAUGAACAGAUUUCCCAACAGGAACUUGAUUCGCUGGUCAAUGCUCAGAGAGACAUUUUAAAGCAAGUUGGUGAAAUGAGAAAUUCAAUGACUGAAACCUUACGUCUUGCUGGGGGAAAUCAACACUUGGGCUCUGCUGCUUACGAGACCACACAGCACUUCAAUGACAUAAAAGAGCAUCUUCAUGUAGUGAAAAGAGACAUUGAGCAUCUUGUGCAGAAAAACCUGCCUCAUGAAAAACAGAAAUGUCCCGAUUUGCCUGCCUUUCCCUCUUGUUUAUCUACAACACAUUUCUUUAUUUUUGUAACGGUGCAAACAGUGUUAUUCUUUGGUUAUAUUGUGUAUAGAACUAAACAAGAAGCGGCAGCAAAGAAGUUCUUUUGAUGAUUAGUUUAAUUGUGUGUAUUUGUACUUCAUGAUGCACACAGAGCAUGUCUGUACAGGAGGAACUUUUUUAGUACCAAAUGGCUUCAUUAGUUUAAAUUAUUGAAUUUCUUGGAACUGAAAUAAAACUUUUGUUAAUGGAUGGCAACAAAAA